GCCACGAUUCACGCCGCCUGGGAGGCGCUGAGAGCGCAGGCACUGAGAACUGAGUCGCUUAACCUUCGAGAGGAAGAGAGGGGAGAGCGGAGAGAGUCCACCAGUGAGGACAGCGCAUUCCAGUGGUUGCCAGUUUAGCAAACAACCCCUCGCUUGUUUUUCUUUCACUUUUUUGAAAAAGAAAAAAACAGGAAUAUUUCAUUCAUUCAAUCAAUCCAUGCGGAUAUUGAAGGCGGUUCAUGGUGAUAACAGCUUUAGCGUUCACCUUGAACUAUAGCCGAGAAAACGGCGCAAGUAAACACUGAUGCAUCUUUGUAUGUGCAUGCAUCACGGACAUCGCAAGCAUUUAUAGGGCAAAGGGGCUGUGCCAUCUUCUCACGACUGCUUCUACCCUCGACAUCUGCUCGUAGCUUAUUUGGGAAAACUGGGAACAUUUCACGGGGGACUUGGGAGUUAGUUUUGAUAUGCAAUCUGCCUCCAAGUUCCUGAUGCAGCUUGCCUUACUAUAGCUUGUGUUUUGGAGGAAAAGCGAGGAGACUGACUAUCUGUAGUGGUCUGGCUUGAUUUUUGUGUUGAUUGCUCUUGUAUUUUUCCUCGGAAUAUUCAGAAGGCUCCGGAAGUUUUUUGCGGGACCGACCAUGGGCAUUUAUAGUUAUUUUGUGUUGCCCUGGAAAUGCCUCGUUGUUAUCAGUCUGAGACUGCUGUUUCUUGUACCUGCAGGAGUGCCAGCUCGAAGUGGGGAUUCUUUUUCAAAGGACAAUAUCACCGUUAGACAAGGGGGUAGUGCCGUCUUAAGAUGCAGCGUGGACAGUAAAGUCUCAAGAGUAGCGUGGCUGAACCGCACCACCAUUCUGUUCGCAGGAGAGGAGAAAUGGUCCCUGGAUCCUCGUGUCAUUCUCCUAGACACAGUUCAAACUGAGUACAGCAUCAAAAUAGAAAACGUGGAUUUGCAGGACGAAGGACCAUAUGUGUGUUCAAUACUGUCAGACAAAUUGCCAAAAUCAACAAAAGUACAUCUAAUUGUCCAAGUUCCUGCAAAAAUUGUGAACAUAUCAACGGACAUCACGGUAAAUGAAGGAAGCAACGUCACCCUGAUGUGUUUAGCCAUCGGACGACCGGACGCCAGCAUCAUAUGGAAACAUCGCUCCUCAAGUGGUGUUCCUACAAGUCGGUUUAUUACUGAGGGAGAGUACGUGGAGAUCACAGCCAUCACCAAAGAACAGUCUGGAGUGUACGAAUGCAUGUCAACAAACUAUGUCUCAGCCCCUGAUGUGAAGAUUGUGCGUGUCACCGUAAACUAUCCCCCUGUCAUUUCAAGAGCGAGGAAUUCGUUAAUUGGGGUCGGUCAGAGAGGCAUGCUACAGUGUGAAGCCUCCGCCGUUCCCCUGGCUGACUUUGAAUGGUAUAAGGAGGACAGAAAACUCCUGAACGGGCCAAAUGGAGUGAAGAUUGAAAACAAAGGCAAACAGUCCAUGCUUUCUUUUUUCAACGUGUCUGAAGAGGACUAUGGAAACUACACGUGUGUUGCCAUGAAUACUAUGGGCAUUACGAACGCAAGCAUCAUCUUAUAUGGUCCUGGAAUGCAUGAUAUGAUCGACAUCAACAGUGCGGUCUCUCACCUACCGUCUUACCUCCUGCUCAUGACCCUCGUCACAGCGUAUUUCCUCAAGUUUUGAUGUAAAAGCAGCCCCGCCCCCUGAGUAUCUGUCUGUCCAUGGCAUAGCAGACCUACGUUCUAUGAAAAAAAAAUUACGCAAACUCCAACUUUACUGUUUUAAACUUUCAGUUCGGACUGUAAGACUUAAGUGGAAGGCAUCGCAAUGUAAAACCAAAAUGAUAUUGGAGUCAAUGUUUGUUUGUGUUGAUUACACUUUAAAAAAAAAAUGUGAAACGAUAAGCAAAAAGUACUGUUGUGAAUAGUUGACUGGUUUUGCCCAAUAUUGAGGUGUAUAUUGAGAUUGCUGGUGUGUUAUGUUCUGUUUCAGUCUGUAAAAUACUGUGUUUUUUUCUCUGUAAUGAAGGAAAUAAUGCAAUGUGAUUGUUAAAUUACUGUAUUUUUACAGUUGUAUGCAACAAAAUAAUAUCACUGGGUUGAAGUAUUAUAACAUCUACUCUUACAGUAUGUUAAUCUUAGUCCUGCAGACUAAGGGCAGUAUUCAGCUCCAAUAAUCAGUUCAACCAAUCUGAAAUAUGGCAGUGAACUGUAUGAAUGAUAGCUAUUUUGUAAACCACUCAAUUACUAUGCCAAGGUUAAAAUAACCCAGCCUGGCUUCAUGGACCUGUGUGUGUGUAUGUAUUCUGAUGUUCAGAGACUUUGUGAGGACAAACAUGAGGAAUCAUUUUUCAAGAGUCUAGGCCAGUAUCUUAGGUGAGUGUGGCUUUUUCUUUUUUCCCCGAGCCAACUCUCUUCCAGUCAUAGCGGCUGUGAAGGUGUUGGGUUGGUUACACGGCACAAGAAAACACAUUUGAUUAAUAAGGAGGAACGGAGGAAAAAAAACACGUGGUCCACUAAGAAUAAACAAAUAUCAUCCCAAA